UGACACGUAGACGCUUGUGCAAAUGCGGGCUGGAAUUACCAUUAGAAACGCAACUUCACAGGAAGACUGUUCAAUGCUCAUGCUCACUGUUUUUAACAGUAAGUCCAGCAAAAUACGAAAUGAAAUGAAACAGUCACUGAGUUGCAUGUAACGACCAACAAACAGACCACAGUGAAAUGGAUGAGGAAAAGACACUAAAGGACUUGCAAUAUGAAGUGGAUCAACUGGUAAAGGAAAACCAACGCCUAAAGCGGUGUGUCAGGGGUGUUAAGGUAGUAGGUCGUGCAUUACAAGAAGCGAAGAAAGAAGUAAAAUACCUCCAAAGGCAAGUCAAUGAAGGUCUAGUACCGAGCUCUGGCACUGUUCAUCCCAGUGACGAUGGUGGUACAGUAGUGCCCUGUUUCAUGGUCCCACCGAAAAGUGAUGUUUCGCCUACAGCGGAAAAUGUUCUCGAAAAGGCGUGUCAAAGAGAGACGUUAGUCGAACAUCGAGUGAAUGAACAUCAAGUGGCGGACAGCCAGGGCCUCAUUGGCGAUGUAGGGAAAGGGGCAGAAAAGCCCCGAAAUGAGAAACAAUACAUGUAUGUAGGAGAAGAUGAAAUAGAGACUAAUCCCCAACUGGAACCUGUCCAAAUCGAAGAUACAGGAAAGACUUGGCCAAUAACAAACCAGGCAGGCAAAGAUAGAACGACGCCUGAAGGUAAUGAUGAAAAGCCAGCGGUCGAGGCUGACCAGGACGUUACCGAUAUCGAUGCAGUUGAAGAACUGCUAAAGGAACUCCCAACAAUUACUACAUCCUCCGCCUCUGACAAGGCAACGCCCCGUGACGUCAUGAAAUGGGGGGAGAAGUCUACAACCACUAUCACCAAUGCUGGAGAUGGCUUUGCAGUUAAGACUUUAGUUAUGCAAGAGAAAUCCAGCUUACAAAGUCAACUUAAAGAGCUUAAAAAGGUCAACUUGGAUUGGGGGAGAUUUUGUAAGGAGCAAACAUCAAGGUUCGUCACGCAGUUGGCGGAAAAAGAUAAGGCAAUCUUGAAACUGCAGAAACAAAUCGACGAAGCAAGUAUGGAAGCCACCAGGAGGGCCAACCAGUAUGAUCAAAUGCUCCUAGCAGCAAAGACACGAAUUGAUAAAGUCGAGGAGCAAAACAAGGAACUUCAGUGCCAGCUAGAUUCUCAACGAAACCGGGCCGAAAAAUCAGACCAACUGAGCCGAAAUUUAGCGAGGCAGAAUAAGAACAUGACUGAUGAAAUUGCACGCCUGAAAGAGGCUCUUGAAAGAAAACAUUUGCAGAAACCGAACAUUAGGCAGUCCCCAACCCUACCUGUUCAGCUGAUAAAACUCCAGCCACACACUUCAAGGGAAGCUGACCAGAAAGAAGUUCAAUCUCCUCAAACUGAGGCUAAUCCAACAGCACCACAGUCUCACACUCAACCUCCCCCAAUAGUCGAGUCAUGCUCCGCCUUCGUACCAUUACCACUCUCAGCACCUACGGAUGAGGUGCCUGCAGCUGGGAAAAUAUCCAAACAUGAAACUGGUGCACCGAUAUCCCCAAACAAGACAACACAGCCUGCAGGCAGAAAACCGGCAAACGGCACAUGUGCCUCUGCGUCAGUAAACUGGAAAGGCACCAAUGAAAUACACGACGAGGCCAUUUGUCAGAGAAGUUAUACCAAAGAAGAGUUGAAAGAGCAGGUUGAGUUACUCCGGCAGCAGAAUCAGAUGUUUGAAUCUGACUUUAAGAAGGAGAAUGCAGACAAGAUGAGGGCUAUGGAUAAAUUGCAAAAUUUGCAGCGUGAACUUGGCAAAAGUAAAGGUCGCCUUGAGGGCUACGGACAUCGAAACAAGGCAUAUGAACGAGAUUUACAACGUCCAGGUGUGGUAAAAUCGUCGGAGCCUGUGAGAGGUCCAAAGGAACAAAUGUACAAACCACCCAGUGAGGACCGAGGGGUCAAGCCCCACAAGACAAAUCGUAAAUCAAAGCCAGUGGCCAAGGACAGUAAGGAAAUGACUGUUGUCCAUGUGGGUGGACACACCUGUACGCUGGCCCAACCUGGAGCCAUUAUCAUCCAGGCUGAACCAGAAGGUCAAAGGUUAAACAUCAAUCUACUGGGUGUGGAGGAAGGGAAGGCGGGGAAAAAACGACGCGAUAUGGAGCCUUUCAUGUGUCCCAGGUGUCAGCGGAUAUUCAAGGGAACAGACUGGGAAUCGUACGAAUAUCAUAUUGUCCAGUGUAACAUUUGAGUCGAUCACACGAAUAUUGCUCAGCGUUACAUUUAAGUUUGACGAUUUUAAAUUGUCACUAACUGUUACUCAUGAACACAAUGACCGGCGCUACUACUAUACGCCCAUUCAAAAGUCAAUAUGAUGGAUUCGACUAAGCCUUGGUGAAGAGCUACACUUAUUUCUCCAAAAAUUGUUUUCAUGACACUGAUGUUUUGUCACUCCAAAUGUGAGCAUGAUUAUGAUGAAAACUUAAGUCAGCAGGUAACAUUUUUGCAAACUGUCAUACACCAAGGUCCCAAAGGGUGUCCAAAAGAGUACCAGUAUAACAGCAUAUGAAAGAAUGAAUUGAGACUCAGGAAGUUAUUCUGGAAAAUUAACUUGCGAAUAGACUCGGCAAGAAAUUACAUGCAACUUCAAGUGCAGAAAAAAUGCCUUGACUUUUAAAACACAUUGUCGUCGGGAUAAGAAAACGUAUUACUAUUUGAUAUAACUUUUAAAGACUUCGUUUUUAUUGAGUGAUUAUUUCAACUCGUUUUAGCAUGUCUUAAUUUUAUCUGCAUCACCUUAGAGUCUGUUCUAACCUGUAACUUAAUUCUUAUUGGAAGAUUCGUCUUCAACUCGGCGUAUAAAAGCGGUGGAGUCUAUUUUUAUGAACACACAGGACGGGAUACACACAUUUUUUUUCAAUGGGGGUGAUUCACAAUAAUGCGCCUCAAAAAGUACGCAACGCGUUGACCAACGACGAUGCACGAAAUCUGUCGACCUAAUGCGCGUUUAGAAGGGGUUGACAAGUUUCGAGCGUUGUGAUUGGCCAAUGCGUUGCUAACUCUCGGAGGCGGACUAUUGUGAAUGUUAAAUGAUAGGUAGUAAAAUCUUUAUAAGUUAAGUACGGGCACUAAGGGCGACAUGUGCCUAGUUGUUCCUCACUUGUAGCAUAGAGAAUGUGUCCUUUUACAUCACUAGUUUCUGCUAAGUUCCUUCAACUCGGAAGAAGCUACAUCAUGUUUUUACAUUUUGAAAGACAAUUCGAAACGUCAUUUCUCUUUAGAUUUGCAGUGUAACUUUGAUAUCAUGUACAUGUAGUUCCAAGUGAUAGAUACUUAAUCAGGGGUAAUUGCAAGUAAGCAGAUUACAACAUGAAAUUCAUGUGGAUUCAAAUUGGUUCUCUAUUGACCUGAGGAUUCCUAACAAAUAUUGAUAAGAUCUUAGGUGACGUAUCGCUUACGGCUGACUUGUAGUUCAUGACGCAACAUGUCAGGGAUCACCGGAGAAGCCCCGUCUGGCUUGGAAGCUACUUAUUUCAGUUUGGGGUGUACUUUACAUAAUAUACAAUAGCACGAAAUACCCAAGAAAGAAGUUUUCUUGACAUCAAUACAUGUAUAUACAAAAACAACUGAACAGUAUGGAAAAACCAGCUUUGAUCAAUAACAGCUGCGGCGCUUUAUAUAUUUUCGAAUGCCAAACGAACGUAUUUAGUCAUAAUGGAUGUAUUAUAGGAUCUUGGAAUUCUGGAGUUUGUCAGUCACGCGAUGGCUGAUACCGUCAUACCGGAACCCUUGAAUCAAAUAAGAAUAGUCAGAUUCAGUGUAAAUUGUUAAAACCAGACUACCUUAUUAGACGUAGGAUUGCACUACACUAAAUAUGCGUCCACAGAAAACUGCACAAUAUGACAGAACUAGCGCAGCAGGUUACCCUCAGGAAGAUAGUGGCCUCGCUUGCUCCUCUGAAAAUUAAAGUUUACGAUCAUGCACAAGCUCAGUUUUCUUCUCAA